AUAACCCAUCGGCUGUGUUUGCGCGAGCGGCAUUUUGAGUAGACUGGAGAUUUAGAAGUAUUAGGACUCAUUGCUUAUGACGUUACUAACACCGUUUCCGCUUCUGAAUAAACGCCAAUAAUACGCGCUACAGUGAUGCAUAAUCUCGAUUUCGAAUAUGAAGAGCCCGUUGAAAAACGUUUUGAAGACCUCUGUCAAGAUUUAUGUAUAGAUGGAUCUGUUAGAGAGGAAGCUUGGGAAAAGUACAAAGGUAAAUAGAUAAAUUUUUUGAUUUAACAAGAUGUUUGGGCAAAUUAUUCGAUUGAUGGUGAUCAAAUCCAGUGGCUUGUUUGUUCCCUCUAUGAAUGUUGUCGCCGUUGUCUAUCAGACGGGAUUUCUGGACAUGUCGAUAACGCCUAUAUAUCUCUGUCGCGAUUGUUAUCUGCAGCCAAAAUGAGUAUGGUUCAGGCAUGUUGCUCUUACUAAUUAAUCUGUACAGUUCUUUCAUCGUAUUAGGAAAUGGGCUGACAUGACUGACAUGCUGGAUGAUAUGAGAGAUCGCAUCGAGCUUAUUGAACGUCAGUUCUCCGUUUCAUCGGUGAUAUUUCGUAAUUUUGGCCGGUCGUUUGGGGUAUUAUUUUCUGACACCGAUUACGAAACCAGUCAAAUGCGCCCAACGGGUUCUGACUUGUUCCGGUUUACAUGGCUGCUAUUCAUCAAGUCUCGAGCAAGUUUUCCAGCAGUUACCGAUGAUUUAGUCAAUUCCUAUCACUUACUAGCCUGCUGCUUGGACUGGACUCUUGGUGCAGUUAUGCUUUCCAGAAGACGUGAUUUGAUCAAUAUGGAGCAAAAUGGUUUGCCUAGAGAUUUUUUAACUUCAGUCGCUCAAAACAAAACUUGGUGUCCACCCCAUGAUGAGCCAACUUGUAUGCUACGUCCAAUAUGCGAAGAUAAUGAUGUUAAUUAUGUUGAAUGUAAGACUGUGAAAGAACACUUUUUUCGACCAUUUAUGCUAAGGUUGAUUGAAAAGGUUAGUAUUAUUUAUCUCAGAAGUUAUGCUUUAGUGCAUACCUAUUUCAGAGAAUCAAUUUUGAGUACAGUUAGAUAUUUAAGCGAUUGAAAAUAUAUUUAGCUCAAGCUGGACCUGCCGUGUGAUACAAUAUUUUAAAGAUAUAAGUAUUUUCAGUUAUUAGUACAUCAUAUGGCUUGAUGUGCAAAAAUAACGGUCGCCUAAUUGUAUUGAAUAAUAUAAAUACUUUUGUGUUAUAUGUUAUAUUACUAAAAUAUUUUGGACUUAUGUAGUUUACUAAGUAUAUCGUGAAUGUAAAUCGAGUAUAGAUUUCGAAAUUUACAACUCUGCAGGUUAUAUUCAGUGAUUUUCUAUUCUUUGAGCAAAAGUCAUAAAUUUUGAUGCUAUUCUAAAUAAUUCAUAAGGUUAAACUUACAGUUGUACAUUGCAAAUUUUCUGAUAGUAAAGUAAGCAAAAUUUGAUUUUAAAAUGCUAUUUUUCAUUUGAGAAGUAAUAUGUUCUAUGUAUAUCCAGCCAUCGCCUACCUCGAUUUCCAAACCAAAACAAUGCGUCAGUUCAUAACGUCACUAACCGUUGGUCUAAACCAUAUAGACAAGUGUGGACUAUCUAGUUGGGGCCCUAAAAUACUCUGGUACGGUCGAGGGUAAGGAGAGUUCGCUCUUUCUUGAAGUGCUCUCAUAAGUUCACGAGUAUACAGCCACUGUCAGAAAAGUCCUACUCAUUGCUUUCUCGUGGUAAGGGUGUUGUUUACGAAAUUGAGAGGACGAAAACCGAAAUUCCAGCGCUUUAACCAGAUUGGUGGUCACUGGCUACCAUGGGACUGCAUCUUUUCACGUUGCUCUACUGCCUUGUGGAUUAGACCUCUAGAUCAAAGGCUCCGAGUGUGAUCCUGCUAAGAAAACCACCUGCUUCGGUUUGGUCGCCCGAGUAGUAUCCCAGCCCUCACACCAAUUGAAUGAUUUAUAUGGCGCAUAUCUAUUUGGUGCUAUUUUAUACCAAUGUUUAUAUGUUUAAAUAAAUAGUUAUGUUGGAGUCCAUAAAAUAAUCGCAACCAGUGUUUGGAGACGUUGAAUAGGGGACAGAUACAUAUACUCUAUCUCGUCCCUUAGAUCUUGGGCUUUGAAACUCUUAUGCUUUUUAUCCCACUAGUUCAUUCUCGAACCAUGCUGUCGAUGACUAAUGUUUCUACUUUCAUUAAUACUCUGGCAAUUGUCUUGACAAUUUCAUCUCACUCUGCUGAUAGUGUGUCAAGUCAAACUGCCCCAGUUCCUACUUUGCCCAUGAUUAACCGACUGGUUGAUUCAUUGUAAGAAAACGAAAAAUAUAUGGUAGCUUUUGAUGGGCUUUGCUAAAGAAAGUUAAAUAUAAAAAUAAAUGGUAUUUUCAAGAAAAAAUUCCUACAUACUAUGUUAUACGAAAUAUUCACUUCCUAAUUAUAAGUGGAUUGUCAUUAAUUUUAGGUAUGUUGAUCACAUAAUGAUUCAAGAACGUCAGUUGGAAUCAUUUGAAUGGUGCAUAUUUGUAAAUUUUUAGACUCUAUAGUUUGAUAAUUGUCAUUUCCAUGGAACAGUUUAUACAGGUCCUAUAUUCUGAGCGCAAAUUGUUUACUUGUUUCAUUUUUUUAAAGAUCCAAGUAGCCUCUCACUUGUGAAAAUAUCUAAUCUGUCAUUUCAUUUGCGUAACGUUUUCAAUGUCUACUGUUUAGUCCUAGAAAUAUGUUUUCAAAAUGUGUUGUACAAUAAAUGCAGGCGUUUGCGAUAUUUUUUUAAGGAUUUGAUCAAACUUCACCCUUCAGUUCUCGGGAGUUUAUUAGAACAGGAAAAUUUCGAAAUAACAAUUCAAAAUUUGAACAAUAACUAUGAGGAAUACAUUAUCGGUACGGGGGACUUUGAUGAACGUAUUUAUCUGAGCCCGAAUGCAUCAGAAGAAAUUGGAUCAAUCGGGGAAAGUACUGUUCAGUCUGAUUUUCAUCUACCUGUCGGUCUGACACCAUCUGCGCGCCGAUAUAUGCUCGAAGUUAGUAACUCUGGUUUUGGAGGUUUCACUGAGACUACGCGGCGUGGUAAUGCGAAUGCUGGUGCUAUCAGUCGUCUUAAUGGAGGUGUCAAUUUUAGCAAUCCUGAAGCCCGAAGUCAAAAUCUCAAUCAAUUACAAAUUUUGUUAAAUGGUCGAAACAAUGAGCCAUGUGAAUCUUUAGUCCAUCUUAUCAAUACACAUUGUUCUGUAUCACCACUCUCUACAAUUCGUGAAAGAUUAGAUAAUUUAGGUGAACAAUUUCAACGAGCUUAUGCUGGAUUAAAAUCAAUCAAUAGUAGUGGAGUAACAAUAACACCAACAGCGAAUAAUUUAGCAAUUUCAGCUGCACAACAACGACUACAAUUGUGUUAUCCAUUAUAUUACAUGGCUUUAGAAAAUAUUCUCUUAGAUGAAAUUCGUAGAAUCGAAAAGAAACUGGUUACUACUAAUCCCACUCCACUCUCCAGUUCAAAUAAUUCAAAUAAAACACGCCGUACUCGUCCUGACCUUACCACACUAUUAGCACAAGAUACAUUUCAUCGGGCCUUAUUCAUUUGUUGUAUGGAAAUAGUUAUGUUGAGUUGUGAUCCACCAAACCACCAUUUUCCAUGGAUAUUAGAAGCGUUAAGUCUUGAUUCAGUUCAAUUCUUUAAAGUCGUCGAAGUUUUAGUUCGUAACUUAGAUUUGCCGCGUGAAAUUGUUAAAUAUAUGAAUCAAGUUGUCGAAUAUAUUCUAGAUUCAUAUGCAUGGCGUACAAACUCUUCAAUAUGGUCGGUACUGAAAGCAACCGGACGAGCUCCAUCUAUUGAAGAAGUUAUACCUCCUGAAAAACUUGAUCAAGGUUCUAAUGAUUGUUAUACACGAAAUACCACUGCUAUAUCUCCUGGCCGAAAAUUGUUAACUUCUAAUGUAAUAUCUACCAAAAAUAUAAAACUCUCACCAAAUUCUUAUGCUAAACAACCUCGUCUUACGGGUAGUAACAAUAAUAAUAACAGUAAUAGUAUUACAUCUAAAGUAUCAGUUAGUCGACAACAAAACAUUGAAUUUUCAACAAAUCAACCUGGUAUCUAUCGGCUACUUUCAUCGGGAGUUGAAGAUGAAUCUGCUCAAGCAGCAGCUCAACUACUUGCAAGUGGAGCUACUGAUUCAGUUAACAUAGAUUCUGGUCUUCUUGGAACAUCAGAUGAUGUUGGCAUCAAUCAGGAUAAUGUGAAUAUUGAUGUGAAACCGAUAACAGAGCAAUUAGUUGAUGAUUAUAUUGUUAACACCGCAGUUACUGUGACUAGUGCUACUACCACCGUUAAUAGUAGUAAUAAUAGUACUGUUGUUACAUCUCUAACGUCUGGUCCCGGCAAUACAAUUAAUUAUUUCCCUAUUCGACAUGAUUCAAUUGCCAUAUUUUUUCGACAAACAUAUCAAAUGGCCAGUUUACGUUUAAGAGAUUUAUGCGAACGUUUAAGUCUUACUCGUGAACUUAUGGCAAAAAUUUGGACAUGUAUAGAACAAGUAAUUGUGCAUGAAACUGAAUUGCUUAGAGAUCGCUGUAUAGACCAAGUUAUAAUGUGUUGCAUUUAUGGUAUAUGCAAACUUGUUCUCUAUCGUCCGCUUACAUUUGUUGAUAUAGUUCAGGUGUAUAGAAUGCAACCUCAAUCUUAUCGAGAUAUAUAUCGUCGUGUACUUAUCAACAGAGUUUCUUAUGGUCGUGGCAAUACUGAAGAACGCGGUGAUUUGUCUCGAUUUUACAAUGUUAUAUUUUUACCACAAAUGAAAGACUUCAUUAAAAAGGCAGCAUCUGUACGUUCUACAUAUAAUGAAACGGAUCCUAAUUGUCGAACAGGACAUCAUUCAUUAGGCUCUGAUUCAUUAUCAACCGAUAAUAACACUGUAUUGAAUCAAUGGACGCUUCAUCCAUCAUUAUCCCCAAUGCCUAUUCUCGUAAACAAUUUAGCUUCAAAUUCUGCUGCGGCUCUCAAUUUAGGUCUUGACCCAACAACUACAUCGGGAGAUAUAAUACAAGCUAGACGUUUAGCCAGUAAUCGUAAUAUAUUCAUCAGUCCAGUUAAACAACAAGUAAACCUAUCUCCGAAAAAAGUCAUUUUUACAGUUGGCCGAAGUACUGGUAAAGAUUUACAAGAUGUUAAUCUAAUGAUAAGCUCUGCUGAACGUCGUGCAUCAAUGGCCAAUUUAACAAUGGGCUUAAAACGUCCAGCAGGUGGUGGCAGUACAACAACUACAUAUGUUGCUAAUUCAUCUCCAUUCACAGUCACUUCUGGAACAAGUUCAUCACGUACAGUUACAUUAGUUGGACCAAGUGGAUUCACUACAAAACGAAUAGAUUUUGAUAUGUGAACAUUAACUCAAUCGACAUUGUAUUAUUAUUAUUAUUAUUACUGCUAUUUUAUUAUACCUGCAUUUUUUCUUUGAAAAAAACAAAAACAAAAAUUGAACAUUCACUAAUUCAUUGUGUGUUUUUUUUAAAAAUUAUCUUUGUAUUAUUAUCUGUGAAUAAACAAUAUCUAUAUAAAUUAUACCAAGAAUUUUCAAAAAAAAAACCAUUACUUUUUGCUGUAAACAUUUUUUUCAUAUUGAAGAAUGAUUCUUGUACAUAGUAGAAAUAAUAAUAGUAAUAAUAUUUAACUCUAGUAUAUUAUUAUAGCGUUUCUUGUAUGCAUAGUGUUUGUAUUGGUCGGUUAUUAUUAUUGUUUUUCUUAUUAAUUGUUUUAUCAGAUCUAGGAGGGGGGGAGUAUUUGUCUUAUGAUGAUUUUUAAUCUGUUUUCUUUAAAAUGUAUUUUAUUUGAAUAAAAGGGAAAGAGC